UCUAUAAUAAAGCAAGCUUGAAAUCCGGAGAAAAUCCGCGUUCGAAUUCUUUCGCGAGAGAGACAAAGAGGGGCAGAGGGAGAAGGAGGCAAAAGCUCGCGCAAGAUUUCGGAGAUUUCGCAAGGCCGGAGCAGACGUGAUCUAUAACCUGUCUCGCGCGCGCGCGGGCGUGCGUCUCCUAACCUCUCUGCCACACGGGCGGCACGGCGUCCGAUGAUGUGCUCGGCGUAGGGAAUCUCGGCGCGCGCGAUUAUGCCCGCGUAACGCCAACGGGCCCGCGGUGCAAGUCUACGUGCGAGACGUUUGUUUCGCCCGUCGGCGGACGGAGUGGCAGGCGCGGCACGACGCGCGAGUCGGCGACGGUGAUCGCGCGUAAAAAUGAAAUGGGGCAUUGGGUGAAAGUACUCGCGGCAGCGGCGACGGCGGCGGCGGCGGCAGCGAGCGAGCGCGCGAGCGAGUCUACCUCUUAUAUCAGAUCAGUACGGUAGGCGCGCCUCGCACAUCACAACGCGCGUCCAGCUCGCGCGUCGUCGUUCCUCCUAGCCAGCGGACUCCCCUGAUGACCUCUCCGUCGAUCGUCCUGUCACGGGAAACCUGCUCCGCUUCGCGCCCCCGGACUAUGCUGCCGACCUGAAUGCUGCGCGACAGCCUGCUGUGGUCCCUUUGUGCUCUCCUCCUGUCGCUGGUCACGCUGGUCCCAGCGCUGGAGAAUGGCCUGGCCAAAACACCGCCGAUGGGAUGGCUGGCGUGGGAGAGAUUCAGGUGCAACACCGAUUGCAAGAACGAUCCAGACAAUUGUAUAAGUGAUCGUCUCUUCCGGACCAUGACAGACAUAGUGGUGGCUGAAGGGUACGCUGCAGUAGGAUAUGAAUACAUUAAUGUGGAUGACUGUUGGUUGGAAAAAGAGAGGGAUAUAAAUGGACAACUUGUGCCGGAUAAAGAGCGAUUCCCAUAUGGCAUGAAGAGCCUUUCGGAUUAUGUGCAUUCGAAGGGUCUCAAGUUCGGUAUCUAUGAGGAUUACGGUAACUAUACCUGUGCCGGAUACCCAGGUAUAUUGGGCUACCUGGACAUAGAUGCUGCUACGUUUGCUUCCUGGGACGUAGAUUACGUGAAAUUAGACGGAUGUUACUCACAUCCCGUUGACAUGGACAGAGGCUAUCCCGAGUUUGGAUAUCACCUGAAUCAGACUGGAAAGCACAUGAUAUACUCCUGCAGCUGGCCCGUUUAUCAAAUUUAUGCUGGUAUGAAGCCGAACUACACCGCGAUCGCGCAACACUGCAAUCUCUGGCGCAACUUUGACGAUAUCCAGGAUUCCUGGGCCAGUGUCGAGACCAUCAUCGAUUACUACGGUAAUAAUCAGGACGUGAUCGUGCCCAUCGCUGGUCCCGGCCACUGGAAUGAUCCGGAUAUGCUGAUCAUCGGCAACUUCGGCCUGAGCUAUGAGCAGAGCAAAACGCAAAUGGCGAUAUGGGCUAUACUAGCGGCGCCGUUGCUCAUGUCCGUCGAUCUCAGGACCAUCAGGCCAGAGUACAAAGCGAUCCUGCAGAACAAAAAGAUUAUCGCCGUGGACCAAGAUCCGCUGGGCAUUCAAGGUCGACGGAUAUACAAAUACAAGGGCAUUGAGAUUUGGGCAAGGCCCAUCACCCCAGUUUACCAGAACUACUACUCGUACGCAAUCGCGUUCGUCAACAGACGAACGGACGGCACGCCGUCGGACGUGUCGGUCACGUUGAAAGAGCUGGGUCUGCAGUAUCCCGGAGGCUAUCGCGUUGAGGAUUUGUACGAGGACGUGGAUUACGGAGUGCUGACGCCACAGACCAAGAUCAAGGUCAAGGUGAACCCGUCGGGUGUAGUGAUACUAAGAUGUAAUCUGAGUAUAGACGACGUGUUUCGCUACUCGCCGUACUCGUCCUUGAAUCAUCAGGUCUUUAAAGUUAGGCAAAAUUCAUUUAAAUGA